CGACGAAGAAAUGCCCCUGUCGAGCAAGCGAGUACCUGGCGUAGGCGAAGGGCACAACCCACCUGACGAAGGAUCCACAGCGCAGGAAGACAAGACUGCCUCUCAUCCUAACAGUUGUGCGCUGAAUAACACAUUGGAAGGUGAUAGUUGCCAGGACACACGGGAGAAAUCUGAGGCGACGACUGGAAAACUGUGUGUGGGCGGGUUCGGACGCGGCAAGUUAAGAGCCUCGGUGAGUCGGCUUCGCUGGUGGAACCGAAUCAUGCCGGAUAUUGGGAAGGCGGUCGAGUGUGCAGGGCGGGCGCAGGGGAUUCCGGACUGGGUGAUGAAUGAGGACUGGGCUGUGGUAGGUGAUGCUUCCUUUCAGCCCCAUUCAUUGCAGGAAGUGUGCUCAUCAUACCCUCGCUACGUCCUCUUACAACCAGCCGGGACAUACAGCCAUUCCCAAUCGCUUUGUCACGCUUUGGCGGGGACGCUGGUAUCUACAGACGAUUUAUCGGCAAUUAACACAACUUCACUGCAAUUCAGCAACAUCUGUGCAGACUCAGGUGAGCCUUUGACUUGGCUCAAUGUGAAGAACGGGACGAGAGUGGAGAUCACGCCCGGAGACGAGUGUCCUGCCUGGGACUCGAGCGGAGAAAAAUUGGUGGCUUGCGUCCGGCGUCUGCAAUGCUCCAUUUGCAAGUCGUCGCCUACAUCCAUGUAUACGUUGUACGGCCACACCGGGCGUUUUUUCGAUUACACAUAUUACACUGACUCUAAUUUAUCGGUCCCCAUAUUCCAAAGUAAAGGAAGCUCUCAAAUCAAGCUUGAGGAUUCGAUAUGGGUGCUGAGGUCGAACUUGCAUCGUGUCGAGUGGAGGCUGGAGGGCGCAGCGCUCCCGAUCGGCCGACGGCGGUGGAGGGCGGGGAGCCAGGAGGUCCUCCUCACGCUAACGAAAUGCCUCACCACCCAGUUCACCUGCGACGAUGGGCAGUGUAUCUCCCAGAUCUUACGCUGUGACGACAUUUUGCACUGCCGCGACAUGUCUGACGAAGUAAACUGCCGUGUAGUGGAAAAGCCAUCUCGCUACGAUGUCUCUUCUCCUCCGCCACUCCGGCCUUGGGAGAACGGCACUGUACCCUUGGCUUACCAUAUUGAUGUCUAUCACCUGAGUGACAUCACGGCCAUCAACGCGACGGCUUCAAUGGAUGUAGGAAUCACCCUGACCUGGUACGACCCGAGACUGAAAUUUCGCAAUCUUAAACCCGACAUAAAGAACUAUUUUCCGUGCGAGUUGGUCUGGACUCCGGCUGUACAGGCAGUGACGGGCCACGGCGAUGGCACCGUUCUAGACACCAAUGAUUACGAAAAGUUCUGUUAUGCCUACAAUAACGAUGCCACAGAGAAGCGGCCCCUUGCUGAUCCGUAUAUGGGCCACGUAGCAGAUGGAAUGAAUACUGCCGUCGAAGUAUACCUUGGCGUGUUAGCUACAGUGCCCUGUCAGUUUCGGUUACAGCUGUAUCCCUUCGACACUCAGCUGUGCAACCUGUCCUUCAUUCUGACCAACUCCCCGUGGUCCAGGGUGUUUGACAAGGCUCUUCCUGGUAACUACGUUCCUUACCUCAAUGCUCGUCGUUCUCUACUGGAGUACGUGUUGGAGGACCAGACGACGGAGGUAGGGUGGCUCAUGCAAGCAGCCGACAACAAUACCUACUUCGUGCUCUCCUACCACCUGCGACGCCUGUACGGGUACCACGUCAUGAAUAGUUACUUCCCCACUCUUCUUAUGUUCGUGAUUUCCUACGCUACUUUUUACUUCCAGCUCGACGAUUUCACAAACCGGAUCAUGAUUUCCCUAACGGCUCAGCUGGUGUUAGCGGCGCUCUUCAGCUCCACCACCCAAUCCUCCGUCAAAACACCUUAUCUCAAGCUCAUCGAUGUAUGGUAUGCCGUGAUCAUCACUUCCUGCUUCCUCAUCAUCGUGCUUCAGACGCUGAUCAACGUCAUUUUUCACAGCAACCGCCUCCCUGGUUUCGUUUACAAGAUGGCGUGUUUGCCAGGCCCGCUGAGUGACAUCAAGAAGGUUGUUCCCCUGUUCACCAAAAGAAGCCAAGAGCUGACGCAGCGAGAGCCUGCAAGUAACACGGUGGCUCGUCGAUACAACGCCAUGGCUCGUGUGUUUACCUUGUCCCUCGUGUCUACCUUCGUCGUCCUGUAUAUCCUGCUGGCGCUUCGGGUUCUCUAGCCUGGCCUGUGAAGCAA